AUGCUAAGUUUUGGGGACGAAGAUGCUAUGGUGAGAAAGAAUCUCGCUGCAUCUGAAUGUUCCAAUGAACGCUUGAAACCGUACAAUGGUUCGUGUUAUUUAUUUGUUUCAUAUCCGGAAGUUGAUUGGAAUACAGCCCAGCAGGUGUGUCGAGCUAUGGGUGCCUCGUUGACCUCGGUGUCGUCGGCAGAUGAACACAGAUUUAUCACAUCCAAUAUCCGCAAUCAAAUCGAUUACUCACCACAAUUGAUUUAUUGGUUGGGUGCCGAAUUGGAGAAAAAUCGCCAAUUCGAAUGGACGGAUGACACAGCGAUGACAUUUCAGGGUUGGCUACCUGGUCAGGGUCAGUUCGAUAGCCUGCCAACUGAUGCAAUGUGCUUGGGCUUACAAUGGAAAAUGUCACCCACACCAAUGCUGCCGUCCGGUCUGUAUUGGCAAUCACAAAAAUGUAGUAAAGUUGGUGGCUAUGUGUGCAAGAAACCGAAGGAACCGUUUGGAAGUUUGGCUUUCAGCAAUUUCACAAUAACUGGAACGGAAGGACGUCUUGUGUCACCAGCCUAUCCGAAUACCUAUCCCUUGAAUAUAAACUAUUGGGUGCAUAUAAAAGCACCGGAGCGUACCCGGAUUAUUGUUCAAUUUCAAAAAAUCGAUUUAGAGUCGCAAGAUGAAUGCCUUUACGACUUCGUAAGCAUACAGGAUUAUGACAUUGUAUCGAAAAUACAGUUGGAACCGGGUGCCAAUACCGUGCCAAUGGCCAUGUUAAUGUCACACGAACAAUUUGCAGCUUACGAAGGCGACAACAAAGGCAACAAUGGUCAAGUUGGCGAUGACGAUGAAGAUGCUGCUGCGGAUGGUGAUUUUAUUCCCAAUGGAGGUGGUGGUGAUGUUGUUGCCGCUAAUACAGACACUGAUGAUAUAACAACCACUGCUCUUGAGGAUGCCAAUGAGGAUAAUAAUAGUGGUGAGAUGACCAGUGGUGAUGAUGACUACAAUGGUGUCGAUAAUGAAACCACACUAAGGAAUGAUAAGAGAAUACAACAGCAGCAACGCGAUAAACGAAGAUUACGAAGAAGCAUUGGAAAAAGCAUUCACACAAAAGGAUACACUGCCAAACUGCAAGGACACAACCAAUUUUAUUAUGGAGGCCAUGCAGAAAGCAAACUAACUCAGCAUGGACAGAAGGCAGUACAAUUUCACCAGCGAAAUACUGACAGGCUCCAUGCAAAAGGAAAUUCACGAAAAGUGUCAAAAAAUCCUUUCAAUAGCAAUGACAUCUCCGCUGACCGAGACAACAGGAAAAAACAUCGCAUAACUCGUAAAAAGACGAAUGUCAACCAACAGCGAAUGCAUCAUGCGGCGAAUUUUUUUCAUCUACCUCUUCGUCAUAAACGGAAAGCAAUAAAAAAGCACAGCAAUAAUAACAAUGGCGCCUUUGGUCGCCGUCAACGACGUAGCACAAUAGUCGGGGAUAUGUCGGCUCCAACAACAGACAAUGCCCAAACCUUUCUGCCCUAUGUACGCUGGUGUGGUACCCACGAUUCGAAUAUGUCCAAAUUUGACUUUGUAGCCAGUGGCAAUGAAAUCAUGUUGAACUUUCACAGUGACUAUUCGAUGGCGAGUAUGGGGUUUGCUGCCAUCUGGAAAGCAAUCGAUGUUUCCGGUUGCCCGUUGCGUACGCUCACCUCACGUGAGGGUACCAUAUCGAGUCCAAAUUAUCCGUAUUUUUUGCUGAACAAUCUUAAUUGUGCCUUUGUUAUACAAGCGCCGUUGGGCAAGCGAGUGUGGUUGGAAAUCAAGGAAUACGAUUUCCUGCAGGAUGCAAUGUUGGAAGUGGACUUAGGUAAUGGUGUCUUUCGCCCGUUUCAAAAUGCUGAUCAUGUAAACGAUGGAAUGUUUGUUAGCUUGCGGGAGCAGUUGCGGGUACAAUUUCGUACGGGACAACAUCCGCGAGGGAGAGGAUUUCAGGCGAUAUAUCACACGGUUGGUCAAAUGGAAAAGCGUGAACGCGUCAUCAAGUUGACCACCAAUGACACCGGUCAUCUUUAUCAGCUCAACUAUCCGCACGAUAUGCCAGAAAAUGUCGACUUCACACAGCAUCUAGUGGCACCAUUUGGCCAUAACAUCCUCUUGGAAUUGCAUGAUGUGGAAUUUUCUGAGAAUGGAUGUCCGGACAACAACAUAAUAGAGGUUUAUGAUAAUUAUGCCGACAAUAACGGCACCAAAUGGCAACUAUGUAAAUUUCAAUAUGCAAAUGUCCACACCGGCAGUCCCAUUGAGGAUAGCUAUUUAACCACCAACUAUCAUAUGCAACAGCCUGACUAUUACCAGGGUGGUGCGGGCGGCGGCGGCAGCAGCAGCAGUAGUAGUACCAGUGCUAAUGAUUUCCAUCUCAACAAUGAUGUAGUGCUUGAUAGUCAUCUGUUGGUAGCUGCUGCAAAUGGCAAUGGUCACAUGGAGACAACCUCCCCAUGGGCAUCAACGACAGAUGUUGCCGAAUUUUUACUACGUCAACAACAGCUGCAGCAACAGUUGUACUAUAGCCGGCCGACAUCUCCGCCUCCGGUGUAUAUAACCUCUUACCUGAAUACCUUGUAUAUACGUCAGCGUACCACUGCCAAAGCUAUUGCGAAUCUUAAUUGUACUGUACGCUUGCAAUGGGAUAAUAAUUACAAAAUUAAAUUAGCAUCAGGAGAUUUGAGUGUCGAAGCAUGUCAACCGAAUCCUUGCCAAUACAAUGGCAAGUGUAUUGCCAACAAUGGAAGCAGUUACUGUCAAUGUCUGGGCCAUUACACUGGAAGAUUUUGUGGUCUAAAUAUGUGUGAACUAGAUCCCUGUGUCUUUGGCCGAUGUGAAUUGACAGCAAACAAUUUCAAGUGCCAUUGUCAAGCUGGAUAUAUGGGUACAACGUGUGAACAAAAACAAAAGCCCUGCUCGGAGAAUCCCUGCGAAGGUCGUGGUGUUUGCAUUGAAAAGAAUGGCGGUUUCUUUUGUCGCUGUUAUGCCUGGUGGGAGGGACAUCGCUGUGAGAAACGUAUGCUGCAUAUACCCUAUAAGCCGUUGUCGGAACGCAUGCUGCAAGAGCCCUUUUGGCUAGGUCUUAUUACAGUAUUUGUUGUUCUGGCUGUUAUCGGCUUGGUAUGGUGUGCCAAACGACAUUUUCCGGAGAAAAUUGAAAAACUCUUGGCCGAGGAAGCCGAUCGGAAUCGACCACCUGGUUCAGUACAUGGACAUCAUCAUCACACAUCACUGCGCGAGCAAUUACAAUUUACAACUGCCAUACCACAAACGACUGUUAAUAACGCACCGGGCGCACCGCGGUCCAUCUUCAACAGAUUGGGUAUAAGAAAACCAUCAUUAUUGAGCCUCAGCAGCCCCAAUCCAGUACCUGGAGGGGGAGGGGCAGCAGCGCGUACAUUUUCACUUGACGAUCUGUUACGACCGCCUCCCCGACGUUCACCAUCACCUCGCAAAAAGCGCAACAAUUCUACACCCGUUAAGAAAAACGCUGCCGAAAAGAAACAAAUCCUCCAGCAACUUGUCUCACCGGCUGCCCAAACGUCAAAACCCAAAGUUAGCUUGGGUGAAUUAAUUUCAUUGUCGGAGAAUCGAUUACAUGCCGGUGGCAGUACCAUCGAUUCGGAAAGUGAUCAGAAGGAAACAACAUUUUCCGAAAAUACUGGUUCGCUAACAUCGGCCACGGUGGAGCGAGCCAUUAACGAUCCGAAGCUGGAGAAAAAGGUGACAUUUGCCAGGUUACUGAAUAAAGUUUCAGCUGAAAUGAGUUCAGGAUCAGAGGCAACUCGUAACUCUAGUGCCCUUAGCCUGCCAACUGAUAUACAAUUGCGAGCUAGUUCCAUGCCACCAUCACCCUGCACCAAUGACAUACGCUCACCGCACAGCACCACCUCCAAUCAUGGCAGUGAUUCCUUUUCAAGUUCCGAUCUGGCAUUAACCGAUUUCGGUUUGCGUUCCAUACAAACCAGUGGCAGUGAAAUGGGCAGUACAAACAACAAUCAGCUGAGUGGCCUGACCAUGGGUCUGCCACCGCCACGCUGUCGCAUUGGCUCACCGGCCCGACCCAAGGUGUCCAGUGCCGAUUCGAUAUUGGCCAUGUUUAGAAAUUUUGCUGCCGCCAAUACGUCCAACGUAACAACGGCCACCAUACCAUCAACAUCGGCCUCAGUAUUUGUUUCACCCUCGACCACGCCGACCAUUUCCAGCCCACAAGAUGAUGCACCCGGUGAUGAUGAGUCGUCGACAUCAUCAAUGCACACACCGGUUAGCUAUUCAAGUGGACCACCGGAUUCGCCUGUCUUCUAUCGCCAGACAACUAUCGAAGUGCCUGUCUUAGAUGUUCUCAAUGCGCACAAGAGUACAUCGCCCUCAUCGUCGACAUCGUCAUCAUCGGCUAAUCUGCUGCACCCACCGACAAUAUUGCUAGAGAUACCAAGCAGUGGCAUUAACAAUAAGUGCCUGUCGCCGAUACGUGAAAUGCCCACGCCCAUACCGUCGCCAGCAUUGACGCCGAUAAUGCAGCGUGGUCAUCGUUCGAACAGUCCAAUAUUCCAAGAGGAUCCAUUGUCGGGUGGUGAUUUUAGUGACGAUGAUGACAAGAGCGAUACCAGUGAUACACAUAUGUCG